AUGCCGGUGCUGUACCACCUGACACUGCAGAAGCCCACGGCCAUCACCAAAAUCGCGUAUGGAAAUUUCUCGGGGCCAAAGGUGCACGAAAUCGUGGUGUCCAAGGGACAGGUGUUGGAGCUCCUAAGAGCGGACAAGCAGGGCAAGCUCAACCUGAUUGUGUCCAAAGACAUCUUCGGGAUAAUUCGUUGCCUCCAGACAUUUCGCCUCACCGGUAGCAACAAGGAUUAUGUAGUUAUUGGUAGCGACUCAGGGAGGUUAGUGAUCCUUCAGUUUAGCAACGAGAAAAAUGAUUUUGUGAGAGUGCACUGUGAAACUUACGGCAAAAGUGGCCUUCGAAGGAUAAUCCCAGGAGAGUACAUAGCAGUGGACCCAAAGGGAAGAGCCCUCAUGAUAUGUGCAAUAGAGAGACAGAAAUUUGUAUACAUACUAAAUAGAGAUAACAAAGAACAACUAACUAUUAGCAGCCCAUUAGAUGCGCACAAAUCACAUACCAUAUGUCAUGAUGUAGUCGGGAUGGACGUUGGGUUCGAGAACCCAAUGUUUGCAUCUAUUGAACAGAAUUACGAAAUGUAUGAUAAGCAGGUGACAAAUACAACUGAGAUUGAUGCAUGUACAAGGAAAACACUCCUAUGUCUGUGGGAAAUGGACCUAGGUCUAAAUCACGUGAUUAGAAAACAUACUCUCCCGAUUGACAUGAGCGCACAUUUGUUAAUUCCUAUUCCAGGAGGGCAACAAGGACCAAGUGGAGUCAUCGUCUGUUGUGAUAAUUACUUGGUUUACAAAAAAGUCGAACACGUAGAUGUGUAUUGUGCUUACCCAAGGAGACUUGAAACAGGACAAGAGAAAAACAUUUCUAUCGUGUGUAGCACAGUUCACAGAAUUAGGAAGUUCUUCUUCAUUCUUAUACAAUCCGAAUAUGGUGAUCUCUACAAAAUUGAAAUGGAUCAUCAAGAUGGAGUUGUAAAAGAAAUUACCUGCAAAUAUUUCGACACCGUUCCAGUAGCCAACGCUAUAUGUGUGAUGAAAUCUGGAUCCCUUUUCGUAGCAGCCGAAUUUGGAAACCACUUCUUUUAUCAGUUUUCAGGAAUAGGAGAUGAUGAUAAUGAAGCUAUGUGCACGUCGAAACAUCCCUCAGGUAGAAAUGCUAUCAUUGCCUUUAGGACGAAGAAACUCACAAAUCUAUUUCUCAUAGAUCAGGUGUAUUCUCUGUCGCCCAUUUUGGACAUGAAAAUUCUGGACGCGAAGAAUGCCAAUAGCCCCCAAAUUUAUGCCCUCUGCGGAAGAGGACCGAGAUCUUCCCUUCGUAUCUUGCAACAUGGAUUGAGUAUAGAAGAACUAGCAGAUAAUGAACUCCCUGGAAGACCGAAAUAUAUUUGGACUAUUAAAAAAGACAACGCAAGUGAUUAUGAUGGGUACAUAAUUGUUAGUUUUGAAGGUAGCACACUUAUUUUAGAAAUCGGUGAAACAGUGGAGGAGGUUGUAGAUACCUUACUCCUAACAAACGUAACGACCAUUCAUGUGAAUAUACUUUACGAUAACUCUCUCAUUCAAGUGCACGAUACUGGUAUAAGACACAUAAACGGAAAGGUUAUAAACGAGUGGGUACCUCCCAAAAAUAAACAAGUGAAAGCAGCCACAUCAAAUGCCACUCAAAUUGUAAUUUCACUCAGUGGAGGAGAGUUAAUUUAUUUCGAAAUUGAUGAAUCACAUAGUUUAGUUGAAAUAUUUAGAAAAAGCCUUAACGUAGAAAUUUUGUGUCUUUCUAUACAAGAGGUAGAGGAGAAUAAAGUGAGGGCCAACUUCCUAGCUGUUGGUUGCUUGGACAAUGUUGUGAGGUUACUUUCCAUCGAAAAGGAAAAAUAUUUUAAUCAGUUGUCCACCUUUAUUUUGCCAAAUAAUUCAUCAGCACAAGAUAUUUGCAUAUCUGAAAUGUGUGAAUUGGGUAACGACAAAGAGAGGAAAUUGCUCUUCCUUAACAUUGGACUGAAUAAUGGAGUACUUUUGCGAAGUGUGGUAGAUCCCAUUACAGGCACACUGACCAACCAUUACUCAAAAUACUUGGGUGCAAAAAAUGUAAAAAUAUGUCCAGUCCAUGUGAAGAAAAACCCAGCUCUCCUUGUUCUAUGCGAAAAGACGUACUUAUGUUACGUUCAUCAGGGGAAAUAUAUUUACUCUCCUUUAAAUUAUGAUAUUUUAGAAUACGCAUCGUCUUUCCAUUCGGAACAGUGCUCCGAUGGAUACGUUGCAAUAUCGGGAAGUAGUUUGCGUAUCUUCCGUUUCUAUCGCUUGGGGGAGGUGUUCAGUCAAAAUAUUUUGCACUUAUCAUUUACGCCCAGAAAAAUUGUACCGCUCCCUUUCCCUUCCCUCUUUUAUGAUCACGACACGUCUAUCGAAAUUGAGCGACAAAAGAAUAUACGCAUGCUGGCUAUCAUCGAGGCCGAUCAUAAUGCGUACGACGAGAAUACCCUGCGCGAAAUUCAAAGGGCACUCAAGGGUAUUCAGCUCGAAGGGGAAGAGCAUACCGGUUCGAACGGACCAUCCCACUCUGAUGGGCGUGAUCUGCAAGACAACCUCCCCAAUGGGACGAAAAAUCAAGGACAUUCAAAAAAUCAGCUCUUGGAGCAGGAGGAAAACGAACAGAUGGAAAAUGCAUCCAGUCGCCAAAACGGAGAAGUGGACCAUAACGAUGGGGAGGAAGAUGAAGAAGCGGAUGAUGAGGAGGAAGAACUCCUCUACGAUCGAAUAGGAACCGUUAAGGCAGGUCCCGGCAAGUGGGGAUCCUGCAUAAAGAUAAUUCACCCAGUCAGUUUACAAACCAUUGAUAAAAUUUCACUCGAGAUGGAAGAAGCAGCCUUAAGUGUCUGUGCCUGUGAGUUGGAAGCUCUCCAUUGCUUAAUAGUUGGCACCACGACAAACUUGUCCCUAAAAAAUCGAACGGCUACAACAGCAGCUCUGCGUGUCUACACAUACGACAUCAACUACAAACUUAAUCUCCUGCACAUAACGCCAGUAGAAGAUCAGCCAUUCUGUUUCUCUCCAUUUAAUGGAAGGCUCCUAGCUUCUGUUGGAAACAAGCUAAGAAUAUAUGCACUCGGAAAAAAAAAGUUACUAAAAAAAUGCGAAUAUAAGGAUAUCCCUGAGGCGAUCAUCUCCAUUAAGGUGUCUGGUGAUCGUAUCUUCGCCUCUGACAUAAGAGAAUCCGUCUUGGUUUUUUUUUACGAUGCCAAUAUGAACGCCUUAAGGCUAAUUUCGGAUGACAUAAUUCCAAGGUGGAUCACCUGCUCCGAGAUUCUGGACCAUCACACGAUUAUGGCGGCAGAUAAAUUCGACUCCGUCUUUGUGCUCCGGGUGCCGGAGGAGGCCAAGCAAGAGGAGUAUGGUAUUUCGAACAAGUGUUGGUACGGAGGUGAAAUGAUGGCCGGGUCGAACAAGAACAGGAGGCUCGAGCACAUCAUGAACUUCCACGUGGGAGAAAUAGUCACGUCGCUGCAGAAGGUGAAGUUGUCCCCCACGAGUAGCGAGUGCAUAAUAUAUUCCACUAUCAUGGGAACAAUAGGGGCGUUUAUCCCGUACGAUAAUAAGGAGGAGCUGGAGCUGACUCAGCACCUGGAAAUCAUUUUGAGGACGGAGAACCCCCCGCUGUGUGGACGGGAGCACAUAUUUUUUCGUUCCUACUACCACCCUGUCCAGCACGUCAUUGACGGAGAUCUAUGCGAGCAAUUUUCCAGUCUGCCAUACGACAUUCAGAGGAAAGUGGCAGCCGACUUGGAGAGAACCCCAGAUGACAUCCUAAGAAAGUUGGAAGACAUUCGUAAUAAAAUUCUUUAA